AUGCACGAAGAAUCAUCAGCGAGACGUAAGGUUGAUGACGAAGUUCAUGAAGGAGCUGUUCCUGCCUACCUUCUUGAUCGUGAAACAACUACUCGGGCAAAGGUUCUUAGCAACACCAUUAAGCAGAAGAGGAAGGAGAAAGCUGGCAAAUGGGAGGUACCUCUACCCAAGGCGUAUUCACCGACACCUCCUCGGACUAUGUCCGACAAGCCAACAAGCCGGUCUAUAUCCCAAGAGUCUUCGAUCCUUAGCUUCUCGGGACGAAUGGCUUUGGUUUCGCUUGAUUCAAACCAUCUAUAUCGAGCCACAGCUUAUGACGAAGAUUCAGGCAAAACCGAGUUUGGAUGGAACUAA